UUUAGAAGAGAGCGAGCAACACAGAGAGCACAAAUUGGGCAGCUUCCAUGGCGGAUCCGGAUCUGUACGGAGGACCAGACACUGAGUCAUCUUCUCCAUCGCAGCCGGAGGAGAUCUCCGCAUUCUUCAACCAUUUCCUCCACGGACCGUCUUCUGCUUCUUCGUCUUCCCGCGUCCGAUUUAGGCCACUGUUCGAUCACUCUACAGCAUCUCCUCCUCCUCCUCCGUAUGAUGCAGUUUUAGAUCCGGUGGAAGAUAUCGGUAGAACCUCCGGAUCCGCUGUCCGGACAGAUUUGGUGAGCCGAAACGCCGUCGGGAAGUCGGGUUCUGGUGCCGAUCUAUCAUCUUCUUCUGGUUUUGAUGUCUCCGAUCAUGCGGCUUAUUUUGGAAGCGGAUUGAAGGAUAUGACCGAGAAUGCGACCUCUUCCACUGGUGAUAUAAGUUGGGAGAGCGAGAAGCGAUCUGGGGCUUCUGAAAUGCCAUCAAAUAUCAUGCGGCCGAGUAGUUCAUCGAAGAGGUGUAGAGCUGCCGAGGUGCAUAAUCUGUCGGAGAAGAGGAGGAGGAGUAGGAUCAAUGAGAGACUGAAAGCUUUGCAGAAGCUAAUCCCAAACUCCAACAAGACGGAUAAGGCUUCGAUGCUGGAUGAGGCUAUCGAGUAUCUGAAGCAGCUUCAGCUUCGAGUUCAGAUGUUGGUAAUGAGCAAUGGAGUGAGUUUGUAUCCAGGAAUUCUAAAUCCAAUGAAAUUGUGUCGGACGGGAGGAAUGAGUUAUCUCGAAGGAUAUGGACAACAAUUACCUUCCCUUCCACGUUUUGACCCGCUCUCUGAUAUUGCCAUAACAUCAGAGACUCGGUUCGGGUUUGAACCUUCUUCGUCUCGUACCAAUUACGGAUUGUCCCGAGAGGGAGAUAUAGGUGAAGAGAACAAAGAGCUAUUGAGAAGCUGACUCAAACAAAGAAGCUGAAAAUUUCAGUUACUCCAAGAGUUCAUUGGCACAAUAAAAGGAUGCAAAUCUGAUUUCAUCUUCUUCUCUAACUCUUAACUCUCUCUCUCUCUCUCUCUCUGUUAUUCAAACCGAUGGUCGGUUCAUACGGAUCAUCCAAAUACUACACAGAAAAGAAAAAAAAAAUACUAUAUGGUUACCAUAAAACUAACAAUGAUUGAUGGACUUUGUUAUUGCCCUUUUUACUUUGUUGACAAUCUGCAUCGUUGUUCCAUCACAUAGUUUGGUAGUUUCCCUUCUUCUA